AGGGAGUGUAGCCGGGCAGGAAGGAGGAGUGGAUCCUGGGAAGAAGGAGGAGUGCUGCUCAGAGUGAAGCCCACAGGGAGGGCCGGGCUGUGUGUGUGGCUGGGAGGUGUCGGCUCUCUCCCACUCCGGAGCCCCGGGCUCUGUGCGUAGUGUGUCGGCCUCCUCCCCGGGCUCUCCCGGCUCUUUAUGGAUUAUUAGUGAUCGGAUCCUCCGGCCGUCACCAUGAAGAAGCAGUUCAAUCGCAUGCGGCAGCUGGCCAACCAGACGGUGGGGAGAGCCGAGAAGACAGAAGUAUUAAGUAAUGACCUUCUAGAGAUUGAAAGAAGGCUUGACAAUGUUCGGUUGGUGUGCCACAAUUCCCACAAAAGGCUCCUUGGCUGUUUGCAGGGACAGCCCGGCACCGAUCCUGAUAAGAGAUAUAAAAAGCUUCCUCUCAUGGGGUAUUCCCAGUCUAUGAUGGAAGGAUGUACCCAGCUUAGCGAUGAAACCCUUUUAGGGAAGACGUUGUGCUCAUGUGCAGAGGCAGAGCAGCGGCUGGCCCAGGAGCUCUCCUAUCAUGAGAUCCAGAUUGAGAAAGAUGUUCUGGAACCCCUAAACCAGAUGACUGAGGUAGAAAUUCCUAACAUUCAGAAGCAGAGGAAGCAGUUGGCCAAGCUGGUGUUAGAUUGGGAUUCUGCACGAGCAAGGUAUAACCAGACCCAGAAAUCUUCCACCACGAAUUUCCAGAUGCAGCCUGGCAAAAUGGACUCUUUGAAAGAAGAGAUGGACGAGGCGGCCAACAAAGUGGAACAAUGCAAGGAUCAGCUAGCAGCCGACAUGUACAAUUUUGUAUCCAAAGAGGGGGAGUAUGGUCAGUUAUUUGUCUCGUUAUUAGAGGCACAAGCAGAUUACCAUAGAAAAGCACUAGCUGUCUUAGAAAAGGCACUGCCCGAAAUCCAGGCCCAGCAAGACAAGUGGACGGAGAAGCCAGCAUUUGGGACGGCUUUAGAAGAACACUUGAAGCGCAGCUCACGGGAGAUCGCACUUCCCAUUGAAGCCUGUGUGAUGAUGCUGCUUGAAACAGGGAUGAAGGAGGAGGGAUUGUUCAGGAUUGCGGCUGGAGCCUCCAAGCUAAAGAAGCUGAAAGCAGCUCUGGACUGUUCCACCUCCCAGCUAGAGGAGUUUUAUUCGGACCCACAUGCUGUAGCAGGUGCCUUAAAGUCUUAUCUGCGUGAGUUGCCGGAACCCCUGAUGACCUUCAGCUUGUAUGAUGAAUGGACUGCUGCUGGGAAUGUGCCGGACCAGAACACCAAACUGCAGAGCCUGUGGGUUGUGUGCCAGAAAUUACCGAAACCCAACUAUGAAAACUUCAGGUAUCUGGUGAAAUUCUUGGCUAAGCUCAGUCACUACAGCGAUGUGAACAAGAUGACUCCCAGCAAUAUAGCCAUUGUGCUGGGUCCUAACUUGCUGUGGGCGAAGCAUGAAGGAACACUGGCAGAAAUAGCAGCUGCCACUUCAGUCCAUGUGGUGACAAUCAUUGAGCCCAUCAUACAACAUGCAGACUGGUUCUUUCCUGAAGAGGUGGACUUCAAUGUAUCUGGCGCCUUUGUCCCAGCCGCUCCAACUUUUCACAAUAACGUGUCCAGCGGAAAUGACAUGCCAUACGAGUUUGGCCUUUUUGACAACAAGAAGAGGCCGUUCAGCAUGGCCAUUGCAGAGGACCUCCUAAAAAAGGACAGUCUUGGCCUCAAAGUUUUGGAGUUCCCAUUUAAUGCGAGGAGAGGAGGAACGUUAAACCGAAAACACGCUUCCCCUGCUUUUCAUCCGCCGCUACCACCCAAUGAUGGCGGGACGCAGGCAGAGCCAGCUGGGACCCCAACAGAUGUUACCGCUGCUAACAGUUAUCCUGCACAGCCAGCAGUCCCUGCAGAGCCCGUGUCAGCUUUUGGACAAGAAGAGGCCAGCACAAACAAGACCAAAGAAAUUCCUACGGCAACCACACCCCCAUCUCUGCGGAACGGAUCUCUCGCAUCUGCUGCAGGCAACACAAACCAGUUAGUGGUUGGUCCUGCGCAAGGUGCUGCUAACCCAAGUCCUCACUCCUCCAGGCGAGUUACUAAGAAACCUGCCCCAGCUCCUCCAAAGCCAGUAAUCCCCCAUCCUAUACAACCUGGAAAUCAGAAUGUGCCUAUUACAGCUAAUACCCCUCCUUCCAUCUCGCCCAAACCCUCUAGCCAUGGCCAUAGUGCCUCUCCGCCAAACAACAGCACCAGUAAUCAAAGCAGCACAGCAGCUCCCAUUUCACACUCACAUGGCACCUUACCACGCAGGCAUUCGGGUAGCCAGCCUUUCAUACAGGCACCGAAUCAUCCUCCCCCACAGCCACCCACACAGCCAGCACCUCAACCCAAGCCCACGGUUCAGUCCACCAUGUCAUCCACAGAGUCCGCCACAGAGCAAUCCUCCAGCCCCUCACACUCCCCAACACCACCUGAUACUCCUCCUCCCAUUUCAGAUCACCCAGCUUCCCAGGGAAUCCUGCCAGAAGCCACCCAGACCCACCCCUUCCCCCAGCAAAACUCUGGCACCCUUCCUCGACCGCGUCCUGUCCCCAAACCACGUAUCCGACCAACUGUCCCCCCUCCUCCCCAGCCCCCAACAUCUCAAUCGCCUGGAGAAAUACAAUCACCAUCCACUUCCAAGAUCAUCACUGAACCAAUACUAGCACAGCCUGUCGCUGAUUCGGUGUACCCAGUCCCCAUUACAGACCCUUCUCAGUUGAUGGUCGCCCUUCUCGAUGCCGAAGCGGAGAGCACUGCUUUGUAAAAAAAGACAGAGUCGUCUGCACUCCCAAGACGCAGACAAUCCAGCCCUGCUGACCCUUCUAAGGUUGUCGUGUCAAGACCCAACAGUGAGAAGCUUUUACUGUCAGUCGUUUUUGUUGGAAGAUAACUUUAAAGUUUGAAUGACCUGAUGUGUCUUGCCUUUGAGGAUCGCGCAACCCUGGCUGCAGGGACUGAUCGGACAAAUCCCUUCAAUAUCUACUUAUUUUAUGCCACUAGUAAUAAAAAGUAUUUAGCUGUAUGGAAUAGAAACUUCUACAGACAUUCCACCACCACAGUUAAAUGAGUUUCUAUCCUUGUUAUGAACCUUUUGGGUGCCAGUCGGGAUUGAACUGCCACUGUAGUAGGAAUGGGACUGCAUAUUGCACGUACCUUUUACAUAUACCGGUUUUCAUAAUAAACCUUUAGGCUUUAAUAUUCAAUCAGAGGUUGAGGACGUGUUGACUGAUGCUAUAAGAAUUACUAACGUCAUAGGCACAUAGUUUUUUUUGGGAACUGCUGGUUUUCAGUUACCAUCUGUAGGGUAGAAACCUGGAAAUGCACACUCCCUUAUCGGGCACAUUUGUAAGCGAAGGGGAAAAGAAUUGUAAAAUGAAGCUGUUCUUUGUUGAAGGCUGCGUUUGCUGGACUUGGAAACGGCCUAUGGGCUUUCUAUAAAGGAAAAAAAAAAACUUGCUGCUGAAACCCUAUUAAAACUGAGAAUAUUUUUCCCUGA